ACGGCGAUGUAACCUGAACUGACAGAGUCGUACAGAAAACAAUAAUAUAUAAUUAUCUAUAACAAUAGUCAUGAACUUUUUGUCGUUUCUUUUUUCCGCUUAAGCCGCAAUGUAUGACGUCAUAACUUCUUCCAGUCCCGUGUACGGACAGUGAUACAUAGGAAAUUUUGAUAAAUCACUUCAAUCUAAAAUUUGAUAUAGGUCUCUCUAGUUCUCAAUAUUUUUCUCACGCUGCCCUUUUACCAGAAAACCGCAAUAUAUAAUAUCGUCACGUAUCUGAUUCAUACAUUUGAAAAAAAAUCGUGUUAUAAACGGUACUUAAUUGCACAAUUAAACAUUUAGGAAUUAAUUAUGUAUAUGCAUGCGUAUGCAUCUGUUUUUCUUCCGUGUGCGUUUCAUCGCAGGAAAUUUUUAAUGUAACGGUUGAUAAGUGAGAUUUUUUAACGAUAUCCACUGAAAAAUUAAGAUGCUUUUUAAAAGCGUGUACUUUUUUACAUUUAUUCCGAACGCUUGGAUAUAUUGCAGUGGUGCUAGUUGUCCUGAAGGAUGGAGAAGUUACGAGUCCUCUUGUUACUAUUUCAGUCCUGACUGGCUGACCUGGGACCAAGCCUUUAAUCAGUGUACAGUACUGCAUAGCCAUUUAGUAGAAAUCGAGAAUUCCGAAGAAAAUACUUUCCUUGCCUCUGUAUUUAAUGCAAGCACACACAGAAAUCAAAGUUGUGCUUAUUACAUUGGACUCGCGGAUAGAGAAGUGGAAGGGCUAUGGAAGUGGGUGACUAGCAAAACACUCCUAGGAAUCUCACAUUGGUAUCCAGGGGAACCUAACAAUUAUGAAAACAGGGAUGAAGAUUGUGUCUGCUUUUGGCGGGCAGAACCAGGAACAUGGAACGAUAUAACAUGUUCUUCCUCAAACCACUAUAUCUGUGAAAGAGCAAAAACACCCGACGUCACUGACACAAACAAAGCAACAGAUUCAACAUUUCCUGCAAUAAAUGAAAUAACAGAAUUAACAACAGUUACUGGACCAAAUGAAGAAACAGUUCCAGUCUAUGUACUAGCCGUUGUGGUAUAGGUCUUCUACUACUAAUUGCCGGGGAAUUAGUAUUUAUAAUACGGACAAAACGCAGUCAGAGUAAUACAGACACUGCUGAAAUGAAUAACACUGCGGAUGAUUGGAAUCUAGACAAUGAUAUAGAAGACGGAUACAAUUUUCCUUCUGACAUGUCGGAGAACAGCAACUACAUAACAGUGAUUUCUGGAAAUGACAUUCUGGAAAGAGAGUAUGGUUAUGUAAUGGGUCGCUUACCACAAAUAAGAAACAAUAGGAAAAACUGAUUUUAUUGCUUUUAACAAAUGACAUUCUGGAAAGAGUGUCUGGUUAUGUAAUGGGUCGCUUACUUCAAAUAAAAGCAAUAGAAGAAGCUGAUUUUAUUGCUUCCAGUAACGUUUUGCCAAGACAUUUACUGUAAGAGAAAUAAGAGAAGAUGACUCCUGAGAAAUUUAAUAAUUAAAUAUAUACAGGCUGUCAGUUACUGUGGAUGAAACAUUGAAUUAUAAGUGCAUUAUAUGAGCCGU